AACUCUUGAAUCAUGUUUAAAAACGAUCGAUUAUGAUAUGAUUAUUGAUAGGUUCAUGCGUAAAUUGAACUGAAUAUCCAAACAGGUGUUUUAACUAGAAUGAAACAUGAUUCAAAAGCAAUCCAUAACGCUUGUGUAUAAAUAUUAAAAUAAUUGAACCGAAUAUUAUGAUCGGGCCUUUCACCCGGAUCUUUUGAAUGAACUAAUUCAAACGAACCGAAUUAUUUUAAUGACCCGUUCAUUCCAUCACUAUUGGAGCACCAGUAUUUCUUCAAGCAAAUAAAAGCAUUAUAUUUAUCAAUCCAUAGUAGAAUACUUCAUUUACAGUGUUGAUUAUAUUAUGGAACUCAAUAUGAAUGAUGAACCUGAAGUUCAAAUUGGUACAGUUAAUGAUAACCUAAAACUUUGUAAUACUGGUAUGGAUAAUCAUCAUACCAAAAAUAAAGAAAUGGAAUCAUCAAAUGAAAAACGGAAAAAUUAUUUAAGUUGGGAUGAUUUUUUUAUGGCAACUGCAUUUCUGGCAGCUCAGCGUAGUAAAGACCCUGUAACGCAAGUUGGUGCUUGUAUUGUUACUCUAGACAAAAAAAUAGUUGGUACAGGAUAUAAUGGAAUGCCUAUUGGUUGCAAUGAUGAUGAUUUUCCCUGGGGUAAAAAUAAUCCAUCAACAUUAGACAACAAAUAUACUUAUGUAUGUCAUGCUGAAAUGAAUGCUGUGUUAAAUAAAAAUUCAAUGGAUGUAAAAAAUUGUUCCAUGUAUGUUGCAUUAUUUCCAUGUAAUGAAUGUGCCAAAAUAAUUAUUCAAUCCGGUAUCAAAGAAGUUGUUUAUUUGUCAGAUAAAUACAGCUUCAAACCUCAAAUGAUUGCUGCUAAAAGAAUGUUUAAUGCAUCAGGUGUAAAAUUUAGACAACAUAUUCCAUCCAAUCAACGUCUAGUGCUCGAUUUUUCAAAAAUCAAUUCAAAUAUGACACAAAUGCCAAAUACUCCAGAAAAAUAUGAUUGCAAAUGAUAAUUUUAUUGUACAUUUAUCAAUUAUAAUUGAAUUACUUAAAAAAAAAUGUUUAUUAAUUUAAUACAUGAGAACUACUAUUCACACAAA